AUGCAUCCGGCAGCCCGGCUGUCAGUUGUAGCACGUACCAGAACGCGUUUUCAGUUUCGUUGCGGCACCAUUUCUCCGCAGCACGUAGUGGAAGAAGUGGAAACUCCUCACGCCAGAUCCCCUCCAUGGCUACCCACGACCAUUCCCUACAUUGUCAGCAUUUCUAGAGGUAUUUUCCGCCUCCUAACCUGGCACUGCUUCUCCCCCAUCGUCUUGUUUUCAGGUGAUCGCAUGCAACCACCCACCGGUUCAUCCACUAGCGUUCUGUUGCAGCCCCUGGGGCGCCGUCGGGUUACCCAGCUCCGCACGGACGCGAAAAGAAACAUGAUGAAGGGGAGUGGGCGCGGCUCCUCGUCCUUUUGA